GAGAGGUGGAGCUCGAGAUGUUGCAAUCGCGCUAAGUACAGCAUCAUCGAGGCGAAGCUGGUGUCACGCAGAAAAGCAUAAUAGGAGUCGCCGACUAAACUGAGAGCCCACAAAUCGGACGGUCAGGUGGAGGGGCCACGUCUGAUUUGAAAGCUCAUUCAUCAACGGAUCUUAAGUACCGCUUCAAGGCUUAACAGCAGACUAGGUCCUCUGGGGUCGGGACACGUUUUCCUCCCCCACACCUCACGUUUGCUAACUUUCUGGACAACUUUUUUUUUUUUUUCGUUAAAAACGUACAAUAAACUCUUACGCCAAACUUUUUUUUAUCUGGUGUGUUCGUCGAACAGCUUUGCUUUAAGGACUGUGUUGCUCGAGAAAUCGACGUUGUUCCUGUGAGAAUCAGCCUCCAUUCAGCGGGACUAAGGAACAAAGACAUUAGUGUCACCAAGAAGAAGCGCUGGAUUCUAUUUCCACUUCGACACUCAUCAUUAUUUACCUAACAACUUUCCAAAAGGAAACUACAGACUUCCAAGGCCGAAAGGAAUCCGGCUUCCUACUGAUUUUCCUCAGUAAUACCGUCUUGGAUACUUUGUGGAGUCGUAACUCAGUGAGCUACAGCUGAGGAGCAGGCACCGCGUCCUGACUGGCUCAUGCCAAUAAUUCGCCUGGAAGAGUUCUUGCGUUAGCUUCUAUACAUGUUCUAAGUUCAUUACUUUCAUUUUACUUUUAAAGUUUGUUUCUCAAGUUGGGGGAAAAAAAUGUACGGAGACAAAUAGCUGAGUUGGCUCCAACAACUGGCGCUGGAGUUUGAAGUACUAUUGUUCUGCUAUUGAAGAGGAGCGAGUCCUUUGUUCAGCAGCGAGAUGAGUGUGAACCUCUCAGCACCUGCGCCCCCAUUGCGACUGAAGCGAGUAGACUGUGAAGACCCCCACAACACCCACGCACUGAAAUGCAAGCGCCGUAAGCUGAGCCAACCCCCCUCCCCUGGUCUAGCCCCAUGCCUUCGGCCUCAAACUCACAGCACAGAGCACACAGGCCAAGAGAAGCUCUGUGUCUCUUCCAUUGGGCCCUAUAUUCUGCUGGAAGCCACAGAGGGCACUCAGACAUAUCGAGCUGUCCAUCGCAUCACUGAGCAAGAGCAUACCUGUAAGGUAUUUUCGAUGAGGAAGUACCAUGAGCUCAUUGCUCCGUACACCCGUCUGCUGCCCCACGAUAACAUUUGUAAGAUUUCAGAGGUAAUCAUGGGGGAGCAGAAUGUGUACAUCUUCUUUGAGCGCAACUACGGUGACAUGCACUCAUAUGUGCGCACCUGUAAGCGGCUCCAGGAGGACGAAGCUGUGCGUCUCUUCAGGCAGAUGGCGUCAGCAGUCAUGCACUGUCAUGAAAACGGCGUUGUCCUGAGAGACCUCAAGUUGCGCAAGUUUGUCUUUACUGAUGCACAAAGAACAAAGCUGGUUUUGCAGAACCUAGAAGACUCCUGUCUCCUGAAUGGAGAUGACGACUCUCUCACAGACAAACAUGGCUGCCCGGCCUAUGUGGGACCGGAGAUCUUGAACUCGCGGCAUUCAUACUCUGGAAAGGCAGCAGACAUUUGGAGCCUGGGAGUGGUACUCUACACCAUGCUGGUGGGUCGCUACCCCUUUCAAGAUGUGGAGCCUGCUGCCCUGUUCAGCAAAAUCCGCAGGGGUGCAUUCACAAUCCCAGAGACUCUGUCACCCAGAGCCAAGUCUCUAGUGUGCUGCAUGCUCAGAAAGUUACCUGUGGAGAGGUUGGAGGCUCCAGAUAUUUUGCUGCACCCAUGGCUCCACUGUAGCACCAAUGCCUUUGUCAGCCAGCAUCCCAACUCUAGGCACUCAACUGACCAAGUGGUGCCAGACUUUGAGAAAAGCGAUGAAGGAGACAGUUACUGAAGCUGGUGAAGCACCAGCAUGAACUUUCAUCUGCUUGUAUCUGCUUGGACUAUCAGGGAUCUCUGACUGUUUGCAGUGGUUGCAUACCAGGGAAGGCUGAGCAGAUUCAAAAUUCCAAGACAAAGAGAAUUGGAUUGCUGUUUGUAAGUCAACCUUCUCGCCUUUGUGGUCUGUGCAAAUAGACCUAAGAACACUGGUUUGAUUGGUUUAUUUCAACAUCUGGGAAAUACCUAUGGUGAUAGAUGCUGUUUAAGAGAAAAAUAAAAAGGGCUAUAAAAGGUUGAAAGUCUUGUGCAUUGGUGGCUUUAAAAAUGACUUUAGGAGUAGAUUUGCUAUUCAAAGCACAGCUAGACCUUUAGCCCACCGCUCCUUCAUACAUUCACUUCAGCAGUGUUGAGAUAUUCAUGUAUAUAUUUCAUACUGUGUACAUUUAAGUUGUUGAAAGACUUUGAAUCACCUGAUACCUCUGACUUGAAUCCUGGAAUACUUGAUGCACAGUAUGUGCCUUUUAGUAUGUACUGUUUACAUAAUUUUCAGUGAAACACAGUUAAAUAAUUUAAAGUGCCUUUUCACUAUGAAAAUAAGUUUAUAAUAAGUAGUUUUUUUUUUUUUUUUGGCAUAACCUACCAAAGAUUUAAGUUUCAUCACCAAACCUCAUUUAAUGUGUGGAUCUCUGAUAGGUUAGCUAAAGUGCUUACUUUUGCUUUCUUGUAUAUGAAGGGUUCAAAAAAAAAAGUAUGGUGUUUCACAACACUUAGAGACAUGUCUAUAGUAUUGUGACUCACCUUGGGCCUGAUUCACUCAGAUAACAUGGUAGAACAGGAAGGAUAAAUGCAGUGCCAUAGGACUAGGAGCUAUGUUAAUCCUGCUACAGUUCUGUAUAACCCUUCAAGAUAAAGCUUCCUCAGUGCCAGGUUUUUAAAAAUGUUCUGAGGAACCUGAUGUCAUUGUUGGCAUGUUGUCUUCGUUCAUAGGUAAAAACAUGACCUAAGGCUUGAGUACUGCCUGAUAUGUGUAUGUGCUGUGGGUGAACAUAGAUCCUGAAGAAUACAGACUGUUAGUUCACUUACACCACAGCACGUUUCCAUGUAAUGGUAAUGUGGUAUGUGGCAUGUGUGACACAUUUGAGGAAAAAGAAAGGCAUUACAGCUGUCAGUAAUGAUGCCUGCAUACAAUGCUUUGACUGUCAUCUGUUUGUCAAACUAUUUUGUGAAUUUGUAAAUAUCUUUUUCUAACCAUGGCAACAAAAGGACACUACAUUUUGUUCUCAGUUGAAGGGGUUGUUGUACUUGUUUUGUAAGUAUUUGUUGCCAGUACAAAUAAACAUGCACAAAAGAAA